UUGAUAAGUAUAUACACCCGCUGCUUCACACAUCGGUCACAGUUAGGACAGGAACAAGAGCACAGAGCAGAAUGGAGACUGGACAGAAUGUAUAUGUCAAUUCUGGCCAUACUACUGAAAAUAAAUUUGAUAAUCAGGAUAGUAAGUCAUUUUCUAGCAGUAAUGUAUAUGAAGGCAUGAGCGUGGAUGAAGAUGACCGGGGCACUUAUAACACCAGAAGAUACCUAGGACGUAUCACUGUAUGGAGCAGAUGUUACAGACUGACUGCAGUGUGUGUGCUUCUGCUGUGUAUUCUCUUACUCACUGCCGUCACAGUGCUGUUCAUCAAAUACAACAACCUGACUCUAGAGAGAGACCAGUUACAGUCCAGUUACAACAACCUGACUCUAGAGAGAGACCAGUUACAGACCAGUUACAACAAUCUGACUCUAGAGAGAGACCAGUUACAGACCAGUUACAGCAACCUGACCAUAGAGAGAAACCAGGUAGAGACCAAUUACAACAACCUGAUUAUAGAGAGAGACCAGUUACAGACCAGUUACAACAACCUGACCAUAGAGAGAGACCAGUUACAGACCAGUUACAGCAACCUGACCAUAGAGAAAGACCAGUUACAGACCAGUUACAACAACCUAACAAUCGAGAGAGACCAGUUACAGACCAGUUACAACAACCUAAUAAUAGAGAGAGACCAGUUACAGACCAGUGACAACAAUCUGACUCUAGAGAGAGACCAGUUACAGUCCACUAAUUAUGACCUGAAUAGAAAGAAAGAUCAACAAGAAGCCAAACUAAAGGAACUGAUAAAAGAUAUGAUCACUUUACAAGCCAGUUAUAACAACACAAUUAACAAGAGUAGUCAGUUACAGAUGGAAAAAGACACUAUUGAGAAGAAAUUGGCUGCUAUAGAUUCACAUACCAAAUUGGGAUGGAGAUAUUUCAAAUCCAGGUUUUACUACAUCUCUGCUGCGAAAAAAACCUGGAGUGAAAGCAGACAGGACUGCAGAAAAAGAGGAGCAGACCUGGCCAUCAUAAACACCAGCGAGAAACGGGACUUUAUCGUUAACCUGCUGAGCAACAAGGAGGCAUGGAUUGGUCUGAGUGACAGAGACAGAGAGGGGGUGUGGAAAUGGGUGGACGGUUCACCACUGACCACUAGGUUCUGGUGUCAAGGGGAACCGAAUAAUGCAGGGGACGAGGACUGUGUGGAGACUGGCUCUCCCAGUAGGAACUGCUGGAAUGAUCAGCCCUGCCAAUCUCAAUUAAUAUGGAUCUGUGAUAAAAGCUUGCAGUAAUGAGUUUAAAGCACAGGGAUAUGAUCAAAUGUUCCCGCAAGCUCAGGCAGCAUGUACUGAGCAGUUAUAACUUUUUGUAAUUCUAUUACCUGGUGAUAAAGGAAAUGUAUAAUACAUGUUCAUUAUUAUUAGUAGAUUUAUUGAGUUAUAUAUCAGUGUAUUUAUAUCUAAAUAGAUUAAAAGCUUGCAAACAAAGAAUUAAUGAUAAAGAAUAAAGAAUCAAUCAAUAAAGGAUCAAUGUACUGUACUAAUCAAUGAUUUGCUUACAAAUAUUACUGCAGAUCAUGAGAUGUAUAUUAACAAUGAAUCAAUAUGCAUCUAGUGUAUCCCUGUUAAUUGACAAAAUAAAGUAUUUUUUGCUUGUCCUGUA